UAGCUGUUAAACCCAUUUCAAGAGAGAGAAAGAAAGAAAGAGAAAGAGAAACCACAAACAAACAGUCCACAGUUUUCUCAUUUCAACUUUCUCCAUUAUUCUUCUCUUCUUCUUCUUCAUUCAUUUUCAAAACUAAAUUCAAAUCAACCCAAACAAAACCCCCAAAAUUCUUUUCACCCUUCCAUCACUUAUUUAGAUUUCUUCACUUUUUUUUUUUUUAUGUAUUUUUCAGGCGAAACAACGAACAACAAGCUUAUCAACUGAGAAUCUUCUUCUUCUUCUUCUUCUCUGAAGGUUUUGUUUGGUUUCUUAUCUUAUCUGGCACUGGAACUGGCUUAAACGUGUAACCAAACAACACCUUUCCUAUAUAAACUCAAAACAAACACAACCAAACAACUCAACAAACCAACCAACCAAACAACUCCUCUUUCCCUUUCCCACCAUGGAUCCGCCGCAGCCGCCACCACAAGCAGCUCCGGCGUCGACCCUACCGCCGGCGCCGCCUCCUUCAUCAACUUCCUUCUCUCACCAUCUCAGUUACCCAGACUCAGUCGACUCAUCACCUAGGUCACGAAACACAGAUUCAUGGGACGAACAGCUUCCUCAAACCUCAACUCGACUUCGCUUGAUGUGUAGCUAUGGCGGACACAUCGUACCUAGACCACACGAUAAGUCUCUCUGUUACGUCGGCGGUGAUACUCGGAUCGUUGUUGUUGAUAGAAAUACUUCUCUUUCUGAACUAUCUAAUCGGCUUUCGAAGACUCUUCUUAACGGGAGAUCUUUUACUCUUAAGUAUCAGCUUCCUAGUGAAGAUCUCGAUUCGCUUAUAUCUGUUACUACGGAUGAAGACCUUGAUAAUAUGAUCGAUGAGUAUGAUCGUACGGUUUCGGCAUCUGCGAAACCCUCGAGGCUUCGUUUGUUUCUGUUUGCUUCUAAGCCUGAAUCGUCUCAGUCGAUUGGUCCGAUUCUUGAUAAUCCGGCGAAAUCUGAGGAUUGGUUUCUUAAUGCGCUUAAUGGUGCAGCUGGUGGAUUGCUUAAUAGAGGGUUUUCGGAUUCUGCUUCUGUUAAUUGUUUGCUUGGUCUUGAUGAUGACGUCAUGGCCGGUGGUGGUGGUGUGGUUGGUAAUCUCGAUUCGGCUGCUGCUGCGGCGGCGGCGGCUGCUCAGCCGGGUGGAUUUGGGAAUGGGAAAGGUGGGAAGGUAGUUGUUGGAGGGAAUCAAGAUGUUCAUUCUGUUCCAGAUUCGCCUAUGCUUGAAACUACCUCUUCUUUUGGGUCUACUUCUUCGUCUCCUUCGCUUGCGAAUUUGCCUCCUAUUCGGGUUCAUUUGGAGGAGGGUGGUGGGGUUAGGAUGGUUCAGGAUCAUAAGGUUGGGAUCGAGGAGCAAUUUGCUCAAAUGAGUAUGGCUCAAGCUGGUCUUAAACAAGAAGAGGGUGGCUUUGCUAUGAUAUCUUCACCACCGCCGCCACCUUUAUCCGGUACUGUUCAAUUGCCAGUGAGUUCCUCGGCUGUUGGUGUUGAUUACUCUUCAGGAAAUCGGGUUGUCUCUGAUGACGAAAGAUCAGAUCAUGGAGUGCCUAUUGGGUACCAGAAGCAGCCUGCGCCUCAACAAUCUCAGCCUCCUCAAUCACAACAACAAAAGUCUACUGGUGUUCAUGAUUUGCCUUCUCCUGAUUCAGUUUCAAGUGAUAAUAGUAUUGGAAAUGCAUUGUCUCGACCUAAACCUGUAAUCUAUCAAGACCAAGUUCAGUUUUCAGGAACCACAAGGGUUGUUCCAGCAAACCCUGUUGAUCCUAAAGUUAAUAUUUCUGAUCAGAACACUCGGGUACAAAUUCAACAACAGGUUCAGGAUUCUGGGUAUGUGUUGCAAGCUCAAUAUGAGUUGCAACAACAACAACAUCAGCAACAACAACUUCAACACCAGCAACUUCAACAGCAACAACAUCAGCAACUUCAACAACAACAUCAUCAGCAACAGCAGCAACAACAACAUCAGCAACUUCAGCAACAACAUCAACUUCAACAACAACAGCAGCAGCAGCAAUUUGUUCAAGCUGGAGGACAUUACUACCACCCUCAUCCUUCUGGGACUGUGCCCAUCUCGGCUUACUACCCGGUUUAUCCUUCCCAGCAGCAACAUCAUCCACAGGUUGAUCAGCAACAGCAGUACCCUGUUUACUAUGUCCCUGCAAGACAGGCUCAAGCUUACAACAACUUGUCUGUUCAACAAUCCAAUAUAAGUGAAGCUUCUACUGUUAUCCCUCAAACACAUCCCAAUCCCGCCAUGGUUGCUACUCCAACAGCUGCUGCAGCAGCAGCAGCUUACAAUCCUGUAAGGAAUGCCCCAUUGGGCAAGCCCGAAAUUGCCGCGGGCAUGUACAGAACGGCAACCACAGUUGCUCAACCAUCUCUGGUUCAGGUUCCUUCUGCUCAACAUCAGCAGCAGCAAUAUGCUGGCUACUCACAGGUUCAUCAUCCGUCUCAGUCGGUCACUCCUACUUCCGCAGCUGCUGCGAGUUACGGAUACGAAUAUGCAGACCCUUCCCAUGCCCAGAUGUACUAUACUCAGGCUCUUCAACCCACAAUGGCUUCUCAAUAUCAGACCAUGACAGCGACUGGCGCGGUAGUGAUGCAGGAAGUUUCCGGGCAGAUUUCGGCUGACAACAUGAAGCAGCAGCAGCAGCAGCAGAUGAGAAGUUCAUAGCCAUUAUAAUAUAUCAGAAGAACAUAAGAAAGAAGCAAUUUUGAAGGGACAAGAAGAAAAAAAAAGGGUUUGGCUUUCUUUUUACUACUAUAUUUUUCGUUUGUGUCUGCAUUGUUUGUUGAUGGUAAAACUGGAUUGUUAUAUGUAUUUGUGAUAGAUAAUAAGAAAACUCUGGUCGUCUUAAGCUCUUUCUGAGUUUGUCAUAUUGUUGUUUAUUGUUAUAGGAAAUGAAAUUGGUCUGAGUUUUAUACUGUAAAAGCUGAAACAAAACUAAACAAAAAAAAAGGUACAAUCUUAUUUAUGUGGUGUUCAUAUUACAAUAUGAGUUAAAGAAAGAGCUUCUUUUCUUCAA